GGUACCUGGGAGCCGGCUCAGGGAUAUAGGUAUUUAUUGAAAGACAUUAAACGGUACUUCGUGAUGGAAUUCCAGUUUGUCCUCCUCAUUGUUGGAAUAAUUGCGUCCUCUGACUCGGCAAGAGGUCCUCCACGCAUUUCAGAUAAAGUGAUUCACCGGCAAACUGUAAGAUUGGGAAGGACUAUAAAGCUUCUCUGCCCGGUAGAGGGUGACCCUCCGCCGCUUACAAUGUGGAUGAAAGAUGGACGUUCAAUCCAUAGCGGCUGGACGAGGUUUAGGACUUACGUGCUUGGGCUGAAAAUUAAGGAUGUUGAAAAGGAGGAUGCUGGAAGCUACAUCUGUAAGGCAACCAAUGGCUUUGGAAGUGUCAAUGUGAAUUACACGCUCAUUGUUAUAGAUGAUACAGCAGGAAAAACCAACCAGCCACCCGAUGGACUGAGUCCAGAUGUAGAAGAGUUUUCCAAUAAACAGUGGGCACGGCCACGGUUUACACAGCCAGCCAAAAUGAGAAAGAGAGUCAUUGCCCGGCCAGUGGGCAGCUCGGUCCGGCUCAAGUGCAUUGCCAGCGGGAACCCCAGGCCGGAGAUCACCUGGCUAAAGGAUAACAAACCGCUGACUACUCAAGAGAUCGGUGAGAACAAGAAGAAGAAAUGGACACUCAACCUCAAGAGCCUCAAGCCAGAGGACAGUGGGAAAUACACCUGCCAAGUCUUCAAUCGGGUGGGGCAGAUCAACGCUACAUACAAGGUGGAAGUGAUCCAGAGAACAAGAUCAAAGCCGAUACUUACUGGCAAUCACCCCGUAAAUACCACAGUGGAUUUCGGGGGCACCACCUCCUUCCAGUGUAAAGUGCGCAGUGACGUCAAGCCGGUGAUCCAGUGGCUGAAGAGGGUCGAGUACGGCUCAGAGAAUAAAUACAACUCCACCAUUGACGUGGGCGGACAGAAAUUCAUCGUCUUGCCCACCGGUGACGUUUGGUCACGGCCUGACGGUUCCUACCUGAAUAAACUUAUCAUCACACGGGCCAAAGAAGAAGACGCAGGAAUGUACAUCUGCCUCGGAGCCAACACCAUGGGAUACAGUUUCAAAAGUGCAUUUCUCACAGUACUGCCAGAUCCGAAGCCUCCUAUUGCACCUGUGAGCAUCUCGUCCAGUAGUCUUCCUUGGCCAGUGAUAAUCGGAGUUCCAGCGGGAGCCGUCUUCAUAUUCGGGACGAUUCUCCUGUGGCUUUGCCAGACAAAGAAGCCAUGUUCUCCUCCCGCAGCGGCGGCGGCUGUCCACAGGCCGCAGCCAAGAGUUUGCAUACCGCAGAUGGUGGACAAAGACUGCAUCUCCUCCAUAAACUAUGAGGAGUACGUUGCACAACAGCAGCAUUUACUUCCCCAAGGACCUCUUUUGGCCAAUGGAGUGGCAUCAAAAAUGUACCCAAAGAUUUACACAGAUAUCCACACGCAUACGCACUCUCACGUGGAAGGGAAAGUUCACCAGCAUCAACACAUUCACUAUCAGUGUUAAAUGCCAUAAACAAACUUGUUUCUCAAGCGGUACCUCAAGACUGAUUGGAUCAGCCAACACUGCCAGUAGAUAUGGAUAACGGAAUGUCACAGAUAAUGCAAUGGAAUUCUGCUACUCCUAAAUGGAAU